GUGGCGGCGGCUCUCGGUGUUGUUCGCUCGCGCGUCGAGCACACGGUGGGUCCGGCGACCGGCGGGCGCCGCAGGCGGCGUUCCCAGAAGCCCGGUGCCUCGGCCGCCGCCCGGAGCGGAUUCCACGUAGGAGCCUGUCGCUCCUGGAGGCUCUAGGUGGAGUCCCGGGAGCUGAGGGGGACCGGCGACCGCCACCGAAGCAUGAAGACGGGGUAAGGCAAGAGCCCCCCAUGAUUUCACGCUUGUUGCCAUAACCCUCUUGAUAAAACGGAAUUGCACAUAGGCAUUGCAGAGGCAGUGGUUUUAAGGUAAGAAUUAAAAGGAGAACCAGAAGAGGAAUGCUGAAGGUGUCGUCAGAAAGGAUAUCAUAUGUUGAACUCCAAUACGGCUGUUCUUUUGGGACCAGGAGGUGAACUGGCACAGAGGUUGAUCUCAAGAUGCCAUUAGUGAAAAGAAACAUUGACCCUAGGCACUUGUGCCACACAGCACUGCCUAGAGGCAUUAAGAAUGAACUAGAAUGUGUAACCAAUAUUUCCUUGGCAAAUAUAAUUAGACAACUAAGUAGCCUAAGUAAAUAUGCUGAAGAUAUAUUUGGAGAAUUGUUCAAUGAAGCACAUAGUUUUUCCUUCAGAGUUAACUCAUUACAAGAACGUGUGGACCGUUUAUCUGUUAGUGUUACACAGCUUGACCCUAAAGAAGAAGAGUUGUCUUUGCAAGAUAUAACAAUGAGGAAAGCUUUCCGGAGUUCUACAAUUCAAGAUCAGCAGCUUUUCGACCGCAAGACUUUGCCCAUCCCGUUACAGGAGACCUACGAUGUUUGCGAACAGCCGCCGCCUCUCAAUAUACUCACUCCCUAUAGAGAUGAUGGUAAAGAAGGUUUAAAGUUUUAUACCAAUCCUUCGUAUUUCUUUGAUCUAUGGAAAGAAAAAAUGUUGCAAGAUACAGAGGAUAAGAGGAAGGAAAAGAGGAAACAGAAGGUAUUACAAGAGAUUCAAAAAAUUGAACAGAAAAAUCUAGAUCGUCCUCAUGAACCAGAAAAAGUGCCAAGAGCGCCUCAUGACAGGCGGAGAGAAUGGCAGAAGCUGGCCCAAGGUCCAGAGCUGGCUGAAGAUGAUGCUAAUCUCUUACAUAAGCAUAUUGAAGUUGCUAAUGGCCCAGCCUCUCAUUUUGAAACAAGACCUCAGACGUAUGUGGACCAUAUGGAUGGCUCUUACUCACUUUCCGCCUUGCCAUUUAGUCAGAUGAGUGAGCUUCUGACUAGAGCUGAGGAAAGGGUCCUAGUCAGACCCCACGAACCUCCCCCACCUCCACCAAUGCAUGGAGCAGGGGAUGCCAAACCCAUACCCACCUGUAUCAGUUCUGCUACAGGUUUGAUAGAAAAUCGCCCUCAGUCACCAGCUACAGGCAGGACACCUGUGUUUGUGAGCCCAACCCCCCCACCUCCUCCUCCACCUCUUCCAUCUGCCUUGUCAACUUCUUCAUUAAGAGCUUCAAUGACUUCAACUCCUCCCCCACCAGUACCUCCCCCACCUCCACCUCCAGCCACCGCUCUGCAAGCUCCAGCAGUGCCACCACCUCCAGCUCCUCUUCAGAUCGCCCCUGGAGUUCUCCACCCAGCUCCUCCUCCAAUCGCACCUCCUCUAGUACAGCCCUCCCCGCCAGUAGCUAGGGCUGCCCCAGUGUGUGAGACUGUACCAGUUCAUCCACUCCCACAAGGUGAAGUCCAGGGGCUGCCUCCACCCCCACCACCGCCUCCUCUGCCUCCACCUGGCAUUCGACCAUCAUCACCUGUCACAGUUGCAGCUCUUACUCAUCCUCCCUCUGGGCUACAUCCAGCUCCAUCUGCUGCCCCAGGUCCCCAUGUUCCAUUAAUGCCUCCAUCUCCCCCAUCACAAGUUAUACCUGCUUCUGAGCCAAAGCGCCAUCCGUCAACUCUACCUGUGAUCAGUGACGCCAGGAGCGUACUUCUGGAAGCAAUACGGAAAGGUAUUCAGCUACGCAAAGUAGAAGAGCAACGUGAACAGGAAGCUAAACACGAGCGCAUUGAAAAUGACGUUGCCACCAUCCUGUCUCGCCGUAUUGCUGUGGAGUAUAGUGAUUCAGAAGAUGAUUCAGAAUUUGAUGAAGUAGAUUGGUUGGAGUAAGAAAAAUGCAUUGAUAAAUAUUACAAAACUGAAUGCAAAUGUCCUUUGUGGUGCUCGUUCUUUGAAAAUGUUUGGUCAUUCCAGUGUUCUGCUUUCUUUUCCUUAUGAUAAAUAACCCUUUUCCUCCAUAAUUUUUGAUUUCUAAGAAAAAUAUUAGCGUACAUUUCAAACUAAAUGUUUUACAGUGGCUUAUCUUUUUUAUUUUUCCCUGAAAAGAUAAUUUGGUCAAAUAAACCACUAAGUAUUAAGCAUGGACAGCUGUUGUUAGAGUAGCAGAUUCAGUUUUUUGAUAUAUCUUAAUUGUGCACUUUGUGAAUUUUAAUUUAAAGAAAGCAACUGAGACUGAAAUCUUGAGGGCAGCUGUAUCUAUUAAUGAGCCUUAUUCCAUUUCCUGAUGUUUUAAAAGAAGAAACACUGCCUUGAUUAUAUGAAUACACUCAGAAAGUACAUUUAGCUAGUAGUAUUGAAUUCUCUUAAAGGAAUGCUUGAAUUUUUUUUAAUUAUUGUUUUACCGUUUUUAAAUACCUGCCUUAUUUGAAUGUUUAGCAGUACCCCCUUCCCACUUAUAUAUUGUGUGGUACGAUUUUGCUUGCCUGUAAGAGUUUUAAAAAUUUCCGUGUGAAAUACUCUGACAUAAACAUAUAUGUAACUUACAUUAACUGUUAAGAAUAACAGUCCGAUUUAAUAAAUGGUUCAUUUUAAAGGUU